AUGGCCACUGCUGCGUUGCCAAAUGAUGAUUUUCACACAAAUACCAAUGAUAAGUCUCUGGAAAUAUUCUCACUUAUUUGGCUCGAUUCAAAUGUAAACGUUAAAGACACUCGAGAAACAGAAGUAAAAUUACGUUCUAUCAUUAAUCAUAUUAAGAAAUUUCAAGAUAUAAAACAAUGUCAACAAUAUAUUGAACAAACAUCACAAAAAGAUCGAUUAGUAAUUAUCGUUAGUGGUCGAUUAGGACAAGAAAUAGUACCACACAUUCAUCAACUUCGACAAGUUAUAUCAAUUUAUGUCUAUUGUAUGGAUAAGAAGAAUAAUGAACAAUGGGCUCUGAAAUUUUCAAAAGUCAAGUCUGUUGUUAUUGAUCUUGAUGAACUUGUCUCUCAAAUGAAAGUAGAUCAUAAAAUUCAGAAAAAGGUAGAAGAACCAUUACCAAUUUAUACUUUUACAACAAGUGUUGAUGCAGGGAAAUCAACAACAGGAGUUAAUGGACAAUUUGUUUUUUUUCAAAUUCUCAUUGAUUGUCUUUUACGAUUAAAAUCUAAUGAAAUUGACAGAAAUGAACUUUUUAAUUGUUGUCAAAAUGAAUAUGCAGGUAAUCUUACUGAACUAAACAAUCUUCAUGAAUUUGAAGAAGAAUAUUCCCCUAAUAAAGUGUUGUGGUGGUACACAAGAGAAACAUUCUUUUAUAAAACUCUUAAUGCAGCUUUACGUACACAAAAUAUUCAUAUGAUUUUUUUAUUUCGAUCAUUUAUUUAUGAUAUUUAUCGUCAACUGCAAAAAUCUCAAUCUAAACAUCCUUUGGAAGUUUAUCGAAGUCAACUAAUGUCGAUCGAUGAGUUAGAUGGUCUUAAAAAUAAUACUGGCCAGUUUAUCUCUAUAAAUUCAAUGUUUUCCACUAGCAAACAACGUACAACAGCUCUUUUCCUCCUAGGUGAUAUAACUACAAAGAGUGAUUUAGAACGAGUAUUAUUUGAAAUUGAUGCUGAUCCUAAAUCGGUCACUACAAAACCAUUUGCUGAUAUUAGUGAACAUAGUUAUUUUCCAGAUGAAUCAGAAGUUCUCUUUAUGAUUGGUUCCAUUUUUCGUCUUAAUAAUAUUAAUCGUAAUGAUGAUCAAAUAUGGAUCAUUAAAAUGACUUUAUGUAAUGAUGAUGAACAUGAUUUAAAACAAGUUCUUAUGUAUAUGAAAGAGCAAAUCGAAAGUGGUGAAGUGAAUCUUCGAAUAUUAGGAAAUAUAUUAUGGGAAAUGGGUAAAUUUGAUUUAGCUGAAAAAUAUUUUACUCGUUCAUUGAAACAACUUCCAUCGAAUGAUCCAUUACAUAUCAGUUUAUAUGAGGAUCUUGGUAAACUGGCAUCACAGAGAGGUGAUUAUGAUAUGAGUAUGAAAUGGCGUCAAAAGUUACUUACAUUCAGAGAGGAAAAUCCAUUAGCUACUAAUGUUAAUGUUAAUAAAACAAACGGUUCUAUUAGUAAAUUUAAUCGUCAAAAACUAUUCGUAUCCAAAAAGCCACAUCAAUUAACUAUCCAUCCCAAUAUUAAUAAAACAAACAAUUCUAUCAGACAAUCCACUCUUGUCAAUCAUAUUAAUAUCAACACCAAAUGGAAACAACAUGGAAUUAAUAUUGCUGGAGGAAAUGGAAAAGGCAAUCAACUAAAUCAAUUGUCUUAUCCUUAUGCCAUCUAUGUUGAUGAUGAUCAUCAAACUAUUUAUAUUGCUGAUCAUAGUAAUCAUCGUAUUGUUGAAUGGAAAUAUGGAGCACAGAAUGGUCAAGUUGUUGCAGGUGGAAAUGGAAAAGGAAAUCAAAGUGAUCAAUUGAAUUAUCCAAGAGAUGUGAUUGUUGAUAAAAAGAAUGAUUCUCUCAUCAUUUGUGAUGGUGGAAACAGACGAGUUGUACGAUGGUCUCUUCAAAAUGGUACAAAUGGAGAAACAAUAAUUUCUGACAUUAACUGCCGAGGUUUGAGAAUGGAUAAGAAUGGAGAUCUUUAUGUCUCUGAUUGGAAGAAGAAUGAAGUGAAACGAUGGAAACAAGGAGAGAGAAAAGGAAUAACAGUAGCAGGUGGAAUUAGAAAUGGGAAUCACCUCAAUCAACUCAAUUGGCCUACUUAUAUUUUUGUUGAUGAAGAUCGUUCACUUUAUGUAUCGGAUACAAACAAUCAUUGUGUAAUAAAAUGGAUGAAAGAUGCAAAAGAAGGUAUUGUUGUUGCUGGUGGAAAUGAUCAAGGAAAUAGUUUGACACAAUUGUCUACUCCUCGAGGAGUGAUUGUCGAUCAUUUGGGUAAUGUUUAUGUGGCUGACGGUGGUAAUGAACGAGUAAUGCGUUGGUGUGAAGGAGAUGAAGAAGGUACUAUUGUUAUUGGUGGAAAUGGACAAGGAGAACAACCAAAUCAGUUCAAUUGUCCCAAAGGUUUAUCAUUCGAUGUUGAAGGUAAUCUGUAUGUUGUCGAUUGUGUCAAUCAUCGAAUACAAAAAUUUUAUAUUGAUUUAAAUUAA